AUGGCUUUCUUUCCAAUCUACCAUUAUCGUUGUCAUACUAAUCCAAACGAUCGAUACUUCGGUGAUCAACUUGAUUUCUUCGAUCCAUGGCAUGAUUUAAAUACAUCACCAACAACGGUCCUCGUGGCUCCAAAUACUUUUCUAUGGAUCAAUGAACCACAAAGAUCAAGCCAUGCGCAAGCUGCUGGCAAACAUUCGAAUCAAAUAGCAAAAGCACCGAACUUGGAGAAAUUCCGUGUUCAACUCAAUGUAGUUGGCUUCAAUCCCGAAACGAUCAAAACAAAAGUUGAAAAUGGAAAAGUAAUUGUCGAAGCUAAACAAGAAGAACGUCAACCUGAUGGUGAUUACAAUAUACGUGAAUUAAGAAAAUCAUAUCCCUUACCAGAACAUGCUGAUGUAAAUCGUUUGGCAUCGUAUGUCACACCGAAUAAGGUAUUAGUCAUUGAAGUUCCAAUUCAUAACCCAGAAGUAGAACGUCGACGUGACGAAGCAAAGAAAAACACUCAAGAUCUAGCCCAAUUUGGUCAACAUCGAGAUUCACUUUUCGAUUAUCGUAGUUUCUUGCAUGGAUCAGAUUUCCAAUCACGAAUCGUUGAUAAAGAUGACAAUCAGAAACAACUUGAAAUGUCUAUUGAAAUGAAAAACUAUAAGCCCGAUGAAAUCAAAGUAUCAGUUAAGAACAAUGAAUUGCUAGUUAAGGGUGAACGUCGACAUGCAAAUGACAAUAGUUUUGAACGAUCAUUCUUCUUCAAAUCAACAACAUUACCGCCGGGGACACAAGUCGAACAACUGAAAUCACAAUUAACAGAUGAUGGCCAGUUGAAAAUAGAAGUACCUUAUGUAGAACAAAAACAACCUACAAAAUCUAUCCAACAGCAACAGCAAACAUAG